AUGGACACUGAAGCGUACAAGAAAAUUGCUUUAUCUCAAAGAUAUUUAAACAGACCUAUCGUCAUAGCUGGGGGGCCCAUUGGAAAGGAUUCUUCGACGGAAACCAUUGAUGUGAAAAAACUGUCUGAGAAUACUACAUCGGGGAUUCAAUAUGUUGAAGUUAUCAAUGUGGAAGGUCGUCUGAUUUCCGCGGAUGGACUCGUGAGCACUUCUUGCUGGUUAAAAAUCGUCGAAAUUGCAAACGACUGUCAAUCCUGUAACGUGCUCUUAAUGAUUACCGCCGAGGGUGUAAUACUGAAAACGAUAAGGGACAUAAUUCCCGGUGAACCAUUGCUGAUGUGGUUUACCGAAGCUAUUCUCGCUAUGUUGAAUAUACCAUUCUUGACACCAUCUAACAUACAAGAUCAGAAUCGCUACAUUUGUCACAUAUGCAACAACUUGUUUGAGUUCCCAAAUCCUUUGAAGAUACAUUUAGCCCUAAAGUGCAAUCGACUGGACAGUGAUCAUCUUUGGUCCGUGCUAGCCAAUGAGCUCAGCUUGUCGCCGAGACCAAACUUGUCUCUCACCCUGUUCCCCAAUCCGACUUUCAAAUUCGAACUGAACAAAUUGCCGCAAACUCCGCCUAUCAGGAUAUCACCGACUUCGAUAAAAACCUUGGAUAAUACCGCUCUCCUUGCAAAUAGCAAUUCAUUGGAGUUUUCCGAUCAUCCCUCUCCAUCCUCUUCAAAUCCGCUAUCUUUUGAUUCUUCAUCCAUGCAAAUUUCACCAAACAUGUCGACAACAGCAUCUUCUAUAACGAAAGAUGUGCUUCAUCGACAGUCUGCUUUCCAACCAUACGCAAAUCAAAACAACGUCUUUAAGGUCUAUCCAGCAAGGAACGAGACUGUUUUAACGCCCUACAAUGUUCAACCGACCGCCGCACCGAUCAGUACUGACGACCAUGCAGCGCAAGUGGAAACGAUAGUCAGCAAUCUCGGUAAAUCGAAGCAAGGACACCUCUGCAUUUAUUGUGGGAAAGUUUACUCGAGAAAAUAUGGUUUAAAAAUCCACAUCAGAACCCAUACCGGUUACAAACCCUUAAAAUGCAAAUACUGCAUGCGACCAUUCGGAGAUCCUAGCAAUUUGAAUAAACACGUACGGCUACACGCGGAUGGCGAAACACCAUACAAGUGUGAAUUAUGUGGAAAAGUUUUGGUCAGAAGAAGAGAUCUCGAGAGGCAUUUAAAAUCGAGACAUCAAGAAAACCUGAACGAUAGUACGGAUAGUUCGUCUGAUGGCACUGAGGUUUGAGUUGAUAAAAAGAAGAUAUUACACGCUACAAUGGGCUUAUAGAACUCUAAUCAUCCUUGAUGUCAGACACAAUUUGCUCGUAUGUAAUUAUAAACGAAAUUGCCCAUAAACGUCAUUUAUUUUGUAAAUUGUCGAAUCGAAGCUGACGUACUAAUAGCAGAGCUGGUUUCCUUAUGACGAAUUUUACGAUCAAAAGUUAAUUAUUUUUUUAAUAUUCGAAAUAAUUGUAAAUAUUUUAUUAUGUAAAUAUUUGACUAGAAUAGAAUAAGAAAUUUUAAUGAAUGCAGGAUGUUUAAUAUAAAAAAAAUUAUUUAAAGACGCGUCAUAGAAUAUGUGGCGGCACUCGAUAAGCAAAUACACCACCACUCAAUAACUGGUACCAAACGACGGCAGCGUAGUUUAGUGGUUAGAGUCUUAGAUUACGAACGUUCGGUACCCGGGUUCAAAUAUAUAUAUAUAUAGAUUUUUCUUCCACGCAUCUAAAUUUCAAAGUUACAGUCGAGCUUCGACGUGUUUCAUUGAUUCUGAUAAUUAUUCGUUAUGAUACAUAAAAGACCGGUUAGAGUACGAGUCUUUGCAUUAAAAAAUUUUAGGAAUAGGGCCAUUGUUAUCUUAAUAUGUAAUCAAAAUAUUCUAAUGAAAUUGUUAUUUUAUAUUUAUUGAUCGAUAAAUGUCUGUCAUUUCACAUUAAUAUAGCUAAAUACCAAACUUUUAAAGUAAUUUCUUUAAUGCUUUUUUUAAAUAGCUAACAAGAAAUUAGAACCGUAUGUAAAAUAUGUAAAAAUCGGUCAUUCUAGAUAUAAGAUGUAUUAUACAAACUGAAUAUAUUACAUAAUAUGUGACACCGAUCUGUAUACCUAAAACGUACGUCGCAUUUAUUUAUGUGAUCAGAAAAUGAAAAAUCAUAAUUGUCAAACAUACAUGAUACCAGCACCUGCUAACACUCGUGAAGAAUUAAUAACGUUACAGCCAUGUACAUAUAUACAUACAUAUGUAUAUGAACAUUGUCUGAUUAAAUAAAUAAUUACAAGUAA